UUUCUCAACUUUUUCGGAUCCCCCUUUUGUUUCUUCUUUCUUUCCCCACUUUAUACUAAAAACCAUGGUCAAGUACGCUGUUAUCUGUGCAAGUAAUCAGAAUAGAUCAAUGGAAGCUCAUAAUGUACUUAGGAAAAAUGGAUUCGAUGUAUCUUCUUAUGGUACAGGUACAAUGGUCAGACUUCCAGGUCCUGCAAUUGAUAAACCCAAUAUUUAUCCUUUUGGUACACCUUACGAUCAAGUUUAUCAAGAACUGAAAGAACGCGAUCCUGUAUUAUACACAAAGAAUGGAUUAUUAAACAUGUUAGAUCGAAAUCGAAAUGUCAAGGAAGCACCUCAACGUUGGUAUGAUGCGAAAGAUAUAUAUGAUGUCAUUAUUACUUGUGAAGAAAGAUGCUUUGAUGCUGUGAUAGAAGAUCUCUCCAAUCGAGGACAAAUAUAUAGCACAAGCACGCAUGUGAUCAACGUAGAAAUCAAGGAUAAUCAUGAAGAUGCUUCUUCUGGAGGACAAGCAAUACUUGAUCUGGCCAAGAUGGUAGAAGAAUCCAAAGAUGUGGAUACUGAUAUUAGUGAUAUUCUUCAACGAUUUACAGAUACCUAUCCUUCCUUCCCUAUUCUUCAUACUGUAACCUAUUUCUGAAUUUACAACUUCUUUAUGGUCAUUACCUUUUCAUUUGUAACAUAUGUCUAUUUCUCUAUCCAUACAUUUCGCUUUUACCUUUUUCACUUUACAUUUUUAUCCAAUUCCAAAAUAUCUUCUUAUCAUCAUCAUUCUCUAUUAAUAAAAAUUAUUUCAUUGUAAAAUA